UACCUGUGAAGGAUGUGAGUGUGGUGGCAGCAGGGGGACGGUGGUGUAGUGAUGCCCGGACGAUGUGUCCGAGACGUGUCCGCCGCAACGGGCCGGCCGCCGCCGUCGUGAUGGUUAUCGCAGCAGCAGCGCUCGCCGCGACCGCCUCCGCAGGUCCUCGCUACAGUUCGAGGAUCGUAGAGAUAGAGACGGGCGCAAUCCGCGGCAUCAUCCUCGAGCUCAAUUCGCGACACCUUGAACCGGUGGAGGUGUUCCGCGGCGUUCCGUACGCCGCCGCCCCCGUUGGCCCCCAACGCUUCCGCCCUCCGGCCGCCCCCAUCUCCUGGCCAGGCACCCGUCUAGCAGACACCUUUGGCGCGGUGUGCCCGCAGCGCGUUCCCGACAUCUCCAACAGAACGCUGGCUCUGUUACACAUGCCCAAAGGGCGCUAUCAUCAUCUCAAGAAACUCAUUCCCCUGCUACUGAAUCAGAGCGAAGACUGCCUCUUCCUGAACAUCUACGUGCCUGGGAGCGGGAACCGGGGGUUGGAGGCUCCUUACGCCGUUCUGGUUUUUAUUCACGGCGAAAGUUUCGAAUGGGGCUCAGGAAAUCCGUACGACGGCAGCGUCCUCGCAUCCUACGGCCACGUAAUCGUCGUCACCCUCAACUUCCGGUUAGGACUUCUAGGAUUCCUGAGGACGAGACCCGUCGGUGCGUACAAAGUGGACACCGGUGGUGACCCGCCGUCGGGCGGAAACCUGGGCAUGAAGGACAUCGCAGCAGGACUCGGAUGGAUCAAACGGAACAUCGGUGCCUUCGGUGGUGAUCCGACCAGAGUCACCCUCAUGGGUCACGAUACUGGUGCAGCCCUUGCCAACCUACUCUUUGUCUCACCAUCAUCAAAAGGUUUAUUCAGAAGGGUCGUCCUGCUGAGCGGAACAGCUCUCAGUCCUUGGGCUACCACCCACAAUCCUGAUGCCCUGAGGCUGAGCGUCGGUCAGCAAACCGGUUGCCUACCAAUGCCAGGUUUCACCGCCUCCACAAGUAAUGCACCACCCACGGCUACCGGUGGCAGCGGCGACGACCAGCGCAAGAAAUCUCCGCCCCAGGACGAUGUUGACAUUGCACCGUGUCUACGUUCAAGGUAAAGAGAAACGAUGCGGAAAAUAUUAAACUGCGCCAAGCAAAUUUCUCC